AAAAUUUAUUAAAUCGGGGAAUUAUUGUGGAGAAGAUUUUGCGGAGUCGGUUUUCGUGGUGGAAUAUUAUUUUUCGUGGCGGAAUAUUAUUUUUUGGCGGAGAAUAUUAAUUUUUGGCGGAAUUAUCGGUAAUGACGACAAAUGAGCUGCCAGCCCUAAAAAUUUAUUGGGAUGGUACAAUAUUAUCGACUCCGGGUGGAGUUGAUUAUGUUUCUGGUAAAUCAGAACUGGUUCAACUGACGAGUGUAGUGAAUUUUGCACAACUACAAGUCGUAAUUAGAAGGGUAAUUGGGCUGAAGGAUGGUGACGAGAUAGUGAAGAUUUAUCUACGAGUGCCUCGGUUCGAUGAACAUGGAAGAUUUCAAAAAUAUGAUGGUUUUCCUAUGGAGACAGAUGUUCAUAUGCAAGCAAUGUGGCGUAAUGUUUCGCGGACGCCACAAAUGAGGGUACUUGAGUUUUAUAUUGUGCACAAUCCGUUAUCUCAAGUACGUGCGGAUGGAGACGACUGUGCGGAUGUAGACGACUCUGUGGAUGUAGACGAUUGUGCGGAUGUAGACGACUGUGCGGAUGUAGACGAUGGUGAUGAUUUUAGUGAUGAGGAUGAGGAAGAAGAACACUUCUACGGGGGCCGUUGUUGAUGACAACGAGGAUG